UAUAGGAGGACCCCAGUCCUCGCAGAACAUAGAAGUUCAGAUUCAGUAAAGGGAUGGCUUGGGGGAUUAGGGAUACAAGUUCCUCAGUUCUCUCCAGAACUAUAGAAAAGAGUGGAUGUCACCAAGGUCAGUUUAUUUCUAGGGGUUCAAAGGAAAAGACAAGAGAUAGGGCAGGGGAGAUCUCUCCAUGUACUCCCUCUCUGAUCACCAUUCCCUUAGUGAUCUCUGAUUGUCUUCUCCACCCACAGACACAAUGCUGUGUCCCAUGGCACUCUCCAGCACGUCCUGGAUGCUGCUCUCCUGUCUGUUCCUCCUAUCCCAAGUCCAAGGUGAAGACACCUCAAAGGAAGAUCGCUCUGCAAGGAUCAGCUGUCCUAGAGGCUCCAAAGCUUAUGGCUCCUACUGCUAUGCCUUGUUUACGACGCCAAAAACCUGGGUGGAUGCAGAUAUGGCCUGCCAGAAGCGGUCCUCAGGACACCUCGUGUCUGUGCUCAGUGAGCCUGAGGCAUAUUUCGUGGGUUCACUGGUGAAGAGCAUUUCAAGCUCCUACACAAACAUCUGGAUUGGGCUCCAUGACCCCACACUGGGCUCUGAACUCGAUGCAGGUGGAUGGGAGUGGAGUAGCACUGACUUGAUGAAUUACUUUGCCUGGGAGAGAAAUCCCUCCACUGUCACAAACCCUGGUUACUGUGGGACCGUGUCCCGAAACACAGGAUUCCUGAAAUGGAAAGAUUACAACUGUGAACAGAGGUUACCCUAUGUCUGCAAGUUCAAGAACUAG